CUAAAUAACACAGCCACAAUUUUUUUCUUCGUGAAAACAGAAAUGUGAUUUUUGUUCAUAAUUUACGGUUAGGUAUACAGAUAAUAUUGUGGUUAAGGUUAGGUUUAAAAUCCGAUUUUAAUAAGAUAAAUUGUAUAAAUAGGCGGGGUUUAUGGCUGGGUUAACUAGUGACGACCGAGCAAUGUGUGUUCGUCAGAGGCAGUACGCGAGUGCAACACCAUUCGCAGUUCAAUCACGCUGUUAGUAAAAUACGUUUUGACUACACCAAUUUUCUGCUUUGUAGGUUAUUAAUAUCCAGAGUGGUUUUAUGUUUCCGACACGGGGAAGAGAAGUCGACAGAGAAAGAAGCAGCAUCACAAUAGCAAGCCUGGCGGUAGGGAUAGUAGGGACAAUUAUGUAAGGUUUGAUAGCUAAUCAUAGAUAGCCGACUAACUUUAGCAGAACGUUACUGUACCUACCUAACUAACUUAGAUGGCAUAACGUUACAGUAAUUUGAAGCUAAGUCAAAGAGAGAUUUAAUUUCUCCCUAGCGAGCCAGCAACUUUAAUUGGAUUACUAUCGCACAUCUCAUUGCUUAUCAUACCUUGUUGACAAGGUAGUAGUGAGAGGGGGGUAGUGAGACAGCGCACACAGGUCUAGGACCAGGCUACUCUUGCUCUACAUCAGGAUCCACAAUUAUGAAGACUGUUGUCCAAAAUGCCCUCUAUUAAACCUCUAAAAUGCAUUGAAAGGAAUGCGUUGUCCAUCUGUAGCCAUGCCAAGUAGGUCCUCCACUGUCUGAAAAACGAGUACUUCAGGGAGAUCAAGGAGGUUGUGAUCGAUGGGCAGAAAAUUUCCGACUUGCGAACCCGAUGAGCUAGCGUUGGCACACCAACAUGAGCAGGAGGAUUUUGGACAUGUGUGCUGCUCCUGGAUCCAAGACAGCCCACUUGAUCGAGAUGCUCCAUUCUGAUAUGGACAUACCCUUCCUUGAGGGCUUUGUGAUAGCCAAUGACGUGGACUACAAGCGUUGCUACCUGCCGGUGCACCAGGCUAAGAGAAUGAACAGCCCCUGUAUCAUGGUGGUGAACCACGAUGCCUCCUGCAUCCCCAGACUACAGAUAGUCACAGAGGACGGACAGAAGGACACACUGUUCAAUGACCGCAGCCUCUGUGAUGUCGCCUGUGCGUUAGAGUUGGCAGAUACGUCCGCUGAUCUCCCAGGGUUAAAAUGGAUGUCUGGAGUCACCAAAUGGAAGUUGAUGACUAAGGAGGGUCAGUGGUAUAAGGACUGGUCAGAGGUGCCAGCCGACCACCACACACAGAUCAGACCCACCAUGUUCCCUCCCCCCUGGAGGAGGGGUGGCAGGAACACUGGAGGCUUCUUUGUAGCUGUCCUGGUCAAGAAAGCCCCCAUGCCCUGGAGCAGAACAAUCCCCAAGUUGAGGAAGGAGCAGACAUCCAGCUCAGUGACCCAGCCAGAGGACUCUCCAGUGGACACCCCCCUCCUUGAGAGACCCCUGGAGGAUGGAGACGGAGGAGAGGAGGCAGGAGAGGACUCGCCCAAAGAGCUAGUCGAUCAGACCAAGGAACCCAACGUGUCAAUGGCUUAUUUGAAAUCCAAACUAUUAUUCAAAACAUUGAAAUCAGAAGCAAUCGGUAAAUAUGUUGCUGAAACGGAUGUUAUUCUCAAGCACUGUAAUUUCAUUAUUUUGUGUGUUUUGCAGGUGAUCAACACAGAGGUGUAUGUGUGGUCUCUCAACAGCGACAAGGAGCAGUUUGGCUGUGCCUUCAGACUUGCCCAGGAGGGUAUCUAUACUCUGUUCCCCUACAUCCGCUCCAGGAUGAUCACAAUCAGUGUUGAGGACAUCCAGAUUCUACUGACUCAGGAGAACCCGUACCUCAACAAACUGGAGGAUGAUGCUCACCAACAGGCCAAGAAGAUUGAAAUGGGCAGCAUUGUUCUAAAGUAUCGGCCUGAUAGUAGUAACCCUGAUUGUCCACAGUGUCCUAUAGAGCUGUGUGGCUGGAGAGGCAAGACCUCCAUCAGAGCUUUUGUACCCCGUAACGAGAGGUUCCACUACCUCCGCAUGCUGGGGGUCGAGGUAUUCCGGAACAAACAGGGACCGGGACCCAGGGAGAAGAGGUGGAGACGGAGAACGAGAACAAAAAUGGCAGCAUAAAAGAGGAGUUGAAAGGAGAGGUGACGAGCACCUGACAGGGGAGGGGAGAUAUUUACCAGCACCUAAGGGGAGGAGUAGAAAGAAAUGUGUAUCUCAUAGUCUUAACAGGUUUCCCUCUCUUUGUCUCCACCAUAUUGCUUUCACCCUUCUGUUUUUAUAUCAGUGGAGAUGUAGGAGAGGCGUUGAACCUCUUUAGACUAUUGUGACACAGGGAGAAAGGGAAAGGGAGGAGGAGGUGCUGUAUGAGCUGGAGCUAUGCUGGCCAGACUAGGGCUAGACCAAAUGUGAGGGAGAAGAGAUGAGUUGGGUAGCUCAGUAGAACUUCUAAUCCACUGCCAUAGCAGAAAGGCCACCCCUUGACCGAGCAACUGGUCUUCCAUGCUCCCCCAGACUUGGUACACUCCAGGGGUCGACGCUUUAGUAACUUAUUUUAGUUUCUACUGCUGAUUUAUUUUAAAAGGGAACUUCACUGGUAAACAACUUUUUAAAAUUAUUAUUAUUGUGCAUGUUUGAAUGUUUAUCAACGGCUAUUUCAUUUUCUAUCAUUGUAAGGAAGAUGGAAUUGAUUAAAGA